AUCAAGCCAGCUGAGAUGUGUAACCCUAAGGUAGAUGAUCUCAGUAUGAUGACCUACCUCUCUCAGUUCCCUAAUGCCAAGCUGAAGCCAGGAGCUCCAGUGAGACCAAGAACUAACCCAGCCAGAGUGAGGGCUUAUGGACCAGGUAUUGAGCCCACUGGCAACUCUGUUGGAGCUCCAGCCAGAUUCACAGUAGAAACAUUCAGUGCUGGCAGAGGCACUGUAGAAGUGAUCAUCCUCAAUCCUAAGGGUGCUCAAGAACCUUGUGAAGUUGUCUUCAACAAUGACCGUAACCUGACCUACUCCUGCUGCUACACACCUACCAUGGAGGGCAAAUACAGAGUGAUCGUCAAAUUUGCAUCAAAAGAGAUCCCCAAGUCUCCAUUCGAGGUGUCUGUAGAGGGUGCUGCAGGCGAUGCCAGUAAAUGCUCCGCCGCAGGUCCAGGUCUGGAGAAAACUGGUGUCAUGGCAACCAGGAAAACAUUCUUUGAGGUCUUCACUAAAGGUGCAGGCAAGGGCAAUGUAGAGGUCAGCAUUGUUGACCCACAUGGUCACAAGGACACUGUGAAACCAAGCAUCACUGCCAAAACUGAGGAGACAUUCUAUGUGGAGUACACACCCAAGGAGUCAGGAGUCCACACUGUCAAUGUGUUGUUUGCUGGCAAGCCCAUUCCCAAGAGCCCAUUCACUGUCAAUGUGGCACCACCUCCUCCAGCUGUGGAGCCCAAGAAAUGCUAUGCCACAGGACGUGGUAUCCAGCCCAAGGGUGUCCGUGUCAAGGACCAUGCUGAUUUCAAGGUACACACCAAGGAUGCUGGAAAGGGAGAGCUUAAAGUACAGGUCGUAGGACCAGGUGGUAUUGAUGAGCCAUGCAAAGUGAAGAAGUUAGAUGACAACACAUACGAGUGUGUGUAUAUUCCACAGAAGAUUGGAAUCUAUGUGGUCAACAUUACGUUCAGUGGACAGCACAUUUCUAAGAGUCCAUUCAAGGUUGAAGUCGGUCCAUUGAAGAAGAGCAACAUCCGUGCCUAUGGACCAGGUCUAGAGGGCGGCACUUGUGGCAUGCCUGCAGACUUUGUUGUUGAGACCAAUGGAGAAACUGGUGCUCUAGGUUUCUCAAUUGAAGGCCCAUCCCAGGCCAAGAUAGACUGUAAGGACAAUGGAGACGGCUCCGCUGAUGUGACCUACUGGCCCACAGCUCCAGGAGAGUAUGCUGUCCAUAUUCUUUGUGAUGAGGAGGAUAUCCCUAACUCCCCCUACAUGGCCCAGAUACAGCCACAGACAGAUCUGUAUGAUGCUUCCAAGGUCACAGCCUAUGGUCCAGGUCUGGAGAAAGACGGCGUGGUCGCCAACUCAUGGGCUGAGUUCACAGUGGACACACGCAAGGCUGGUCGUGCUCCUCUCAAGAUUACGUGCUACGACAAGGACUACAAAGAGGUGGAGGUGCAGGUGGUGGAUAACAAGGACGGAACCUACAGCUGCAGAUACAUGCCCAAGAAGUUUGUCAAACAUACCAUCUUUGUUGUGUUUGGUGGAUGUAAUAUUCCUAACAGCCCAUACAGGGUCUAUGUGAAGGAGCCCAGCAACCCAUCCAAGGUGAAGGUAUAUGGACCUGGUGUGUCCAAGGGGGUCAAGACCUUUGAGAAGACCCACUUCAUUGUGGACUGCAAGGAAGCUGGACCAGGGGAUGUGGCUAUUGCCCUGACUGACGAGAAGGGAC